AUGCACACUGGCCUGUAUAUUUUUCUUUUUCUCGUAUCUAUAACUCCUACAACCACGGUUAAAAUUGAAUAUGAAGCAAAUCAACUUAAACGCAUUUAUAACGCAAAGGCGCUUUUCGAAAAGAGCUUAGAAGUUCCAUACGCACCAGAGAUUCAUCGAACCUCUGGAUUCGAUACUUCGGAAAAACCUGUCUUCAGACUCAGAUACGGAAAAGAAACUCAAAGAAAAUUUGAUGUCAAUGAGAACAAAGGAAAAGUUUGGGCAAUGUAUUCUCUGAACCCGCUUUAUAUUUAUGACACCCUGCGAAUGGACCUUUAUGUUGCCGGCGAUUUCACCAUUACUCUUCAAACAAACAUCACUUCAACGAAUAUCGAUGCUGCUCCUUUAAUCAUUAAGAGCGACAUUGAGGGACAUAAUCUCAAAUUCACCAACUUCCAUUCUGGGGAUUACAGCGAAGAAGAGAUUCGAAAAUGCCCAUUUGUCAAAGGAGAUGUCAUUUCUUUAAGAGUUCAAUUCAAUGACGAUCAUUUCAAGAUAAUCUUGGGUAACAGUUGGCACAAAAAUUAUGACUACCGAAGCUCGUUCAACACAAACCAGCGUCUGAUUGUUGAGGGAAACAUCACCAUCAUUUACAUCGAAUUACUUGAAAAUAUCACUGGGGAACUACCAACUAGUUAA